CUCCUUAAAUCUUACAUGUUGACAAUCUUGAGUCUUGAGUCUUGAGAAUCAUCUUCUAGAGCUAACUUCUUCAAAUUAAUCCCCAAGUCAGAUUCAUGGGUUGCUGUGGUAGUAAACCCCUAACAAAGUCUGACCUUGUCUCAAAGCCAGAGACGAUUCUUGGGAAGCCAUUGGAAGACAUCAAGAAGCAUUAUAGCUUCGGAGACGAAUUGGGCAGAGGUCAAGUUGGAACAAUAACCUACUUGUGCAAAGAGAAUUCAACCGGAAAGAGCUACGCUUGCAAAUCCAUAUCCAAGAAGAAGCUAAGCAGCCAAGAAGAGAAAGAAGCUGUGAAGACAGAGAUUCAAAUCAUGGAUCACGUUUCAGGACAGCCUAACAUCGUACAGAUCAAAGCUUCUUACGAGGAUAAGAACUCUAUACACAUCGUUAUGGAGUUGUGUGGUGGUGGAGAGUUAUUCGACAAGAUCGAUGCAUUGGUCCAGUCUCAUAGCUAUUACUCGGAGAAAGAUGCUGCUGGAAUCUUUAGGUCGAUUGUGAAUGCUGUGAAGAUUUGUCAUUCUUUGGAUGUGGUUCAUUGUGAUCUUAAGCCUGAGAACUUCUUGUUCUCUAGUGAGGAUGAUAAUGCGAAUGCUAUGCUCAAAGCUAUCGAUUUCGGGUGUUCUGUUUACAUCAAAAAAGGAGAAACUUUUGAGAAAAUUGUUGGCAGUAAAUACUACGUGGCUCCUGAAGUACUAGAGGGAAGAUAUGGGAAGGAAAUUGACAUUUGGAGUGCUGGUGUUAUUUUGUACAUCCUUCUCAGCGGUGUACCGCCUUUUCAGACUGAUGCUGAGAUUAAGGGAGGCAGACCUGAUUUUGACAGCCAACCAUGGCCUUUGAUUUCUGAAACGGCGAAACACCUUAUCAGGAAGAUGCUCAUCAAAAACCCCAAGGAACGGAUCUCUGCUGCAGAUGUUCUUGAACAUCCUUGGAUGACAAGCGAAGCUCCAGAUAAGCCUCUUGAUUGUGUUGUCUUAUCACGUAUGAAAAAAUUCCGAGCAAUGAACAAGUUUAAGAAGCUAGCUCUUAAGGUUAUAGCAGAGCGUCUAUCAGAAGAGGAAAUCAAAGGUCUUAAAACAAUGUUUGAGAAUAUGGAUACUGACAACAGUGGUUCAAUCACUUAUGAAGAACUCAAAACUGGGCUAAAUAGACAUGGUUCUAGACUAUCUGAAACUGAAGCUAAGCAACUCAUUGAAGCCGCUGAUGUGGAUGGUAAUGGAACAAUAGACUACAUCGAGUUUAUAGCAGCGACAAUGCAAAGACACAAAUUGGAACGAGAUGAAAUUUUGCACAGAGCAUUCCAAGACUUGGAUAAAGACAAUAGUGGGUACAUAACGAAGGAGGAGUUGGAGAUAGCAAUGAAGGAGCGUGGUAUGGGAGAUGAAGCUAAUGCCAAAGAAAUUAUAUCAGAAAUCGAUAAAAAUUACGAUGGGAAAAUAGACUAUGAGGAGUUUUGUACAAUGUUGAGAAACUAGCAACCACAAGGGAUCAAUUGAUCAUAAGCUCUUUGCUUUUGUUUCAUCUGAAAGCGGUUUUGUUAAACCCGGAGAAGCAUAGCUGAACCGGGGUCAGAUUAGUUAAUCUUGAAACUGUUUUACAUGUCUGUCUUCUUGUAAUUUUCUUCAAAAUAUACAUUUCUUGUAAUUUUCUUAAUCCUUGUGAAGCUUUAUUACAAAGUAGUCAUCUUUAUGUUUUCA